AUGCAAGCUUCCGACAUGAUGCUGGAGCCCCGGGCUUCCAGCGCACAGCGCUACCCUGAGUCCGUCGAGGAGCUCAUUGCGGGCCAGCAGCAUACAGCCAGAGAGCCAACAUCCGAGUAUGAAAUGAUUCCACAGGGACACGAUUCGAGCAUGAUGGAUGUCUACCCUAGCACGGAGACGUCCUCGGCGCACGAUUCGCUGUCGCCCACAAAGCAGGUCCAGCCCAAGCACGUUAGCUUCGAGCUGUUGCUUCCCCAGUCUCCACAGCACAGGGCCCGUCUGCCCAUGCGGGUGAACAUCUACCCUCAUGAUACGACAGACUCGAUCAUUACUACUGUCAAGAACUUCUACGGCCUCUAUGAGCGAAGAGGCGUCAUAUUCGAGGAUCGCCAUGGCACCAUUCUCAUUGCCAGGUUUGAGAACUUCGAACAUGGCAUGGUAGUCUACGUGCGAGUCUCAGCCGAAGAUCCCGAUGUGGAAGACUACUCUCCCGAUCCUCGCCAGCCAACAGUGUCCCCACGUCGUCCUCGCCCGCACCUAGAUGAGGCGUUUCAAAUGCUUCCACCUGUUAUAUACAACCAAGGUGGUGCUCGGGCUGACCUCCGCAACGAGCGCCGAACUCACUCUCCUCAGCCUCGAGGAAGGAGAAGCGCUUCUGCCAGCACUCAUGCCAGGCGCAACCGACCAAGUGCGAAGAGUCGGGGUAACAGCAUGCAUGGCAGUUUCGCCGAGGAGAACGGUGAUGUCUACAGCGAUAGUGACGGUGGGGAUGGCUCUGUCACCAGCUCUCGUCGCUCAAAGAAGGAGCCUCUAGCGAGCGCUGAUAUCAGCGUCGACAACAUUGUCGAGGGUGGCCGCCGCAAGAGAGCGAAGUUUGACAGCUCGUGGCGCCUUUUUCAGGAGCUGCCUUUGUUCGUACCUCCUCAGGUUCCGAUGACCGCCUCGCAAUCGUCCGUCUCUCCUCAACGUCGCGUCAGCGGAAACAUGGCAGGAUCGCCCUACUCCAUGAGCAACCAGCAGACAUUCUCCUACCAGCAUCCUCUACCCUCGCCUCAAAGCUAUGGGCAGAUGGACAGCUCGUAUAUGCAUGGACUGGCCACACCAUACUCUGCGUCGAGCGUUUCCGCGCAAGGUCAAAAGUCGCGCAACCGUGGUUCUGGACAAUUUGGCCAGUAUCGGUACUCUGGCAGCAAUGGAGUCCUGCCGACUCCUGAGCACACGCACCUUGCAAGCAUCAGCGUAAUAUCUGACGAGGAUGUUGCACGCCAGCUCAUGCGCCUAGGUGAUGCGUCCAACUUCUCUACACAUGGGCGAACUUCCACCUCUACCCUUGAUGACGCCUUCAGUGGCAAGGCUGAUGCUGCAUCCUCCAGCGAGGACUCGGAUGACGGGAGCGAUGAUGGUGGGGAGCUUCCUCCUCUUCAAUACAACAUGGGACGCAUGGACCACGUCGCGCCUGUUGAGUAUUCUGGAGAGAGCAGUGAUGAUUAUGAAGACAACAGAGACGGAUCGUUCAAGGGUGAGAGUGACGAGAUGGUGCCAGACGAGCACAGCCACCGCAUCCAGACUGGUGUCGUCAAAGCUCGCUCAUCGGUUUCCAGCAAGUCCAGCAAGCCCAAACAUCGAGCACACUCGAAGAGCAAGACAAAGGUCAAUGGCACCAGCAAGCCACCAAUGUCUCCAACCUCAUUGCCAACACAGUCCCGCAAGACGUCGAGUGCCUCUAUCAACUUCCAGCACCAGCUCGGGGUUGAUGAGGAGGACUUAUCAAGCAAGCCUCGCUGUCAGCGAUGCCGCAAGAGCAAGAAGGGCUGUGACCGUCAGCGACCUUGCCAGCGAUGCAAGGACGCCGGUAUCGGUGCUGAUGGCUGCGUGAGCGAAGACGAGGGUAACGGCAGGAAGGGACGCUAUGGACGCCAUAUGGGCGUCUCUGUCAAGAAGCCAUCGUCGAACUCGAUGGCACCACCACCGAUGCACGACUUCAGCAUGCCUAUUGAUGCCGCUCACCCUGGUCUCACCGCCAGCUCCAUGGACAAGAGCAAGAAGCGCAAGAGGUAA